UCAUUCUCUCUCUAUGAUUAUUCAUUUAUUGAUUCUGUUAUUAUUUGUUUAGUGAUUGCAGUCUGAAAUGCUCCCAUUGCAUGUAUAAAAUGUUGGUUAGUUGUAAUCUCUGUCACCACUAACACCACCACCACCACGACACUCACUUUUUUCAUAUUGUUACUGGUGUGGAGAUGUCAGUGUUGGUGUUUUAAUGGACUAUGGACUGACAAUUGAGUAAAAAUGUUACCUUGGGCUAUUGUAAUUAUCUAUAUGGGUAAAGGAUAAUUUAGUUCCUUUUGAAUUUUUGUAAAAAAGAGGCUUUGUUUAUGCCAGUGAGUAAAUUAGGUUUUUUUUAGUUUUUGGGUAGUGUUUACGUUUUUUCUUUUCGCCCGUAAUGAUAUUCGUUCUGAUUCUUAUGGUAAUAAACAAACAUUUGAAAGUUAUACGGUGCAGUCAUUUUGCUAAGGGAGUGUAUAAUCAACAUAAUCCUUGGCAUGAUUAGGAAGACAAUGUGGGAUGAAAGACUUAAGGUGAUUGGCGGUGAUAAUAUUGAAGGACUUUUGAUUUCUUCUAAGCAAUUGCCUUAUAAAUACUUGGAGUUCCUACAAAAUCAGGGGCAUUUAGUUGGGGUCUUAAAUGAUAAUGAUAUCCAGGUUUGGAAUCUCGAGACUCGGAGUCUUAUUUGUUCAUUACAAUGGGAAUCAAAUAUUACCGCUUUCUCUGUAAUCAGCGGCUCACAUUUCAUUUAUGUCGGAGAUGAGCACGGCUUGUUUUCUGUGAUAAAGUUUGACGCCGAGGAAGGACAACUUUUGAAGUCAUCUAAUCAUUUAUUGGCUAAGUUUCUAAGGGAAGCUGCCGGGUUUCCAGAGUCCAGCGAAAAGACCCGAGAGCUAGCUUCGUCUCCUUCGUGUCCCAAACCUAAGACUCCGACGCGAACAUAAAUUACGGCGCCGGAGGAAGACUCGACCGAUGGCGUUCACGACUCUUCAAGAACUCACCUCAGUAUUCAAAAUGUUCCUCUGAUUAUGGUCGAUUGGGAUGCGGAACGUAGCGAGGUGCAAACGGCUGAUUCAGCGAUGGAAAGCUUUGUGUUGGUGACGGCGGUUUUCUUCAGCUCGUUGCAAGUUGAAGGAGAAUGAUGAAGAUGAUGACGAAGUCACUCCCUCUGGUAAAAUGUGAAUAGGUUGAGGAUGAAAGAUGAUUGAAAUCCGGUAUUAGCUGCAAUCUGAGGAAGAAGACAAAAAUGGUACAGGUUGGUUGAAGGUGAGCCAGGGUCGUUGAAGGGUGGUUUGAAGAAGGAUUUUGGUGGUUAAGGGUUUGGGAGGAUGAUGAUGAAGAUGAUGAAGUGGAAUUGAAAAUGAGGAUCAAGAAGUUAGAGCGAGGGUGAAGAAGAUGGUUCUAUUGAGAAAGUGACAAAGGGUGAAGCGUGUGUGAGAAGAAAGGGGGGAGUUGUGAAGAAGUAAAGUUCGGUUCGUUGUGAGUUUUGACUGUGAGGUUCUAUUAUGGGCGUUAGAGGGUGAUGAGUUGUUAGGAAUGGUGGGGUGAAGAGAGUUGAGGAGAGUGAUUCAUUAUGCAGAAGUGGUUGGUAUUGUGGUUUUGUUGAAGAAGAAGGAGAAGAAGAGAGUUCAAUUUCUGAAGAUGAUGGAGGAUCGUGAAGGUGGUUCCAACCGAUUUCUGUUAUGGUCAGUUGGGGAGGUUAUGAAGUUGGUUGGAGUUUGUUGACAGUUGGCUAAUGAGCUUGAAAUUAUGUUUUAAAUGAAGAGGUUGUAAGUGUUGAAUGAAGAGAAGUUAUUCUGUUAUAAAACAAUUUCUCGAAGUUCUGUUAGGAAAAAAUGGGAAAAGUUUGUUGAAAGGUUGUUACCAUUUUCUUAGAGCUUCGGUUAUGAGUUUGUUAGGGAGGUUUUUCCUUUCUGUUACAUUCUGAUUUUCUCAUUUGAAGGUUGUGAAAGGUUGGUUCGAGUUAUGGAAGUUAUAGGAUUCUCAGUUGGAAAUUAAUGAGGUGGGUUCUUGAAGAGUGGGGAAAGGGAAGGUUUGGAAGACGUUCAAGAUUGAUUUUUUCUGAAGAAGAUUGGAGUAUUUGAAGCAAUGGAAGUGGAACUGGAGCCAACAUCGAUUUUUGGGUUCGACAGUUUCUCCAAGUUCUUCAAGUGUUUAUUUCCAGCUAAGUGUGUAAUGUACAUAUCCCUGCUGUUACAAUUAAUCUUACAAGUUUCACACCAUGCAGAUUGAGCAACCUUGAUUUUCUUAGUGACUUUUUGAAACGGAGCAACUCCGUUACGCUUGAAUUCGGGAAUAGAUGGACCAAUGCCUCCAUUAGACAUCAAGCAAACCUGAGUUGCGUGCUUUUUCCAUGUUUAAUAUAUGUGUCGUGACUCGCGCACAAAACGUUGCAAGUUGUGUAAACCUUUGUCUGUACCACCUGGUUCUUAGUCUCUGGUUGCUUGACUAUAAGACCAAUUAACGCUUGUACUUGGAAGCUACUACUUAUGCUGCUUUGUAAAUUUUUCUUAUGUUUCUAAUUGAUGGUUGUUCUUGA